AUGUCGCGCUUAGCCCGUCGAAGCUGUUGGUCUCUCCAUUUCAAAAACCUCCAUCAUUCCCUCAUCAAAACGACGUCGUCUUUCUCCACUGACUCAACACAUCAUCCUUCUCCACCUCCGAUCCGCGUCGAGCUCACCGAAUAUGCCGGCCGAGGCGUGUUCGCCUCCCGUAGAAUUGGUGCCGGCGAGCUCAUCCACACCGCGAAACCCGCUGUUGCGCAUCCUUCUCUAUCUAUGAUUCACACCGUAUGCUAUUCCUGUCUUAGGAAACUUCCAAACCGCCAUAGCACCGAUGACAUGUCAUUUUGCUGUAUACAAUGCGAACAACUAUCUAAGAAGUUUUACGAUGUUGAGAAGAAGGCAGAUUGGUCGAGCUUUAAUGAGUACUGCCGACUGCAGGGUCUAAAAUAUCCACUUCUGGUCAAGCGUUUGGCUUGUCAGGUUAUUUCUGGAGCCGUCACUUAUGACAUUCUUGACGUACUUCAACCAGAGAUUCUAUCUUCCGAUCAAAUUUCUAGGAUGAAGAAGGAAGCAGCCCUGCUAAGAAGCACUUUUGAGGACUCGGAUUUUGAAAGUGAGAAGAUGGCAUUUCUAACUGAAGAAUGGUACGCUGGAGUUCUAGCACGGAUUCGUAUCAAUGCCUUUCGAAUUGAAUUGGCAAUAGGAUCAUAUGAGGAUCUUCUUUCCUCAGCAGCAGCCUUGGUAGAAGCAGAAUCUGCUGUUGGAAAUGCCGUUUAUGUGCUUCCUUCUUUAUACAAUCACGAUUGUGAUCCUAAUGUAAAUAUUUUGUGGAUUGAAAAUGCGGAUGCUAAAAUAAAAGCUCUCCGUGACAUUGAAGAAGGGGAAGAAUUGCGGAUAUGUUACAUUGAUGCGAGCAUGGAUUAUGGGGCUCGACAAAGAAUCCUGCAUCAAGGAUUUGGUUUUCAAUGCAACUGCCCCAGAUGUGUCUCAAAGGACUAAACUUUAUUGAUCUACACUUGUUAAAAACAAGAUGCUUUACAAUACACUAAAAUAUUUUAUUUAUUUA